CCAACAAACACCAGUCAGCAGCCAGCGUUCAGCAUCACCACUGUUGAAAAGCCAAAAGUGCGAAGCCUUGUCUUUUUCUCUGUGUGGAAACAUUACGAUUUCACAACAAUGUUCACGGUCCUCUUUGGUCUCCUCGCCCUGUCGUGUCUCCCCCCGUCGGUGCUCGGCGCCCCUGAAGAUAGAGAUGCCCGUAUGUACAGAGUGGACAUCACCCUUCCACCGAAGGAAGGGAGGGACGAGAAGGCCGACAUACUGGAGAUUAAAACAACAGUGGCGGGGCUAAGUGACAUCAAGGUUCUGUUUUCAUUUAAGGAAAUCGGGAAUUCAAUGGUAAUUCUUGUUCUACGUGUUGACAAAGCGUGCAGCUGGCCACAGUUGACGAGCUUUCUGGCACGCAAGGGCUAUGAGGUCAAGGUGACCCCAGUGUAUUACUGCAGUGACUUCGCCCGGGAACUUGGUCUGAACAUGACCAGGGAUUUCUAUGAUACGUCUCUCGCGGAUGAUGAGGACUUACUUCUGGGCAAUCAGAUAUUUCCUGUGAAAGGUUUGACAACAGCUGAGUAUGACGAGAAGCUGAGACAAAUGUUUGUGAGAGACAUAAGCAUCCUGAACGCAGGUCAACGGGCGGCAUGUUUCAGAACUCUAGCAAGUCUUCCAGUGGAGCUGAUGCACUUCGCUCCAGUUGGCCAGCAGGCCAUGGAAGCUAUAGCGGAAACCCUGCAUGCACCUGAUACCUUCGAUAUGGAAAUCCUUCGAAUCCAGAGGCUCGACCACUACACUGGAGGAUGCAAGUGAAAAGAUAUAAUUUCAAAUGUAUGUUAAACUGGCAAAAUAAAGAUGAAAUAUAAUAGUU